GGCAGACUCAAAGGGCGCCAGAGCCACGAAUACCGCCGGGAUGCGAAACCUCAAGAUCGCCGGAAGGUCGCUGCUGCAAUUUUCUGGGGAAGACCCGCUGCCCCUCACUGCAACAGCCUGGGAUGCGGCCGCGAAUGCGCUGAUAUGCGCGUUUGGUCCAUCCGAGUCACGUGCUACCAUCGAGCUCAAAAGACUGCACUACACACGCAGCGGCGCGGAGGACCGCCUGGAGAGCAUAGCUGCGUGGGAUGCACCGUGUCCACUGCCGUCACUCACACACGACUCCAUACUGAGCCUGCACCAUUUUGCCGACACAUCGACGUCAUGUCUGAUCCUCGCGGGCGGCGACAUCAUCCUGGUGCGAGAGAAUCCACUCGCAAAUGAAGACCUGGUCGAGAUUGUGGGGUCGGUCGAUGCUGGAAUUGCCGCCGCAGCAUGGUCGCCUGACGAGGAACUCCUUGCCAUCACCACCCAGGCCGACACGCUGCUGCUGAUGAGCCGGGAGAUCGAGAACAUCGCCAGCAUCACCCUCGCGCCUGAAGACGUGAAUGUCUCAACCCACGUGUCUGUCGGUUGGGGGAAGAAAGAGACUCAAUUCAAGGGCAAACGAGCGAGAGCGCUGCAAGACCCCACGGUACCCGAGCACAUCGACGCCGGCGAGCUGAGUCCGUUCGACGACCGGUCUGUCACCAUCAGCUGGCGCGGAGAUGGCGCGUACUUCGCGCUCACCAAGGUCGAGCAGGAGCAGCGCCGCAUGAUCCGUGUGUAUUCGCGAGAGGGGCAGCUGGACAGUGUGAGCGAGCCUGUUGACGGGCUCGAGGGCGCGCUCAGCUGGCGGCCUUCCGGCAACCUCAUCACGGGCGUGCGCCGUACUAGCGAUAAGCUUGAAGUCGUGUUCUUUGAGCGAAACGGUCUCCGACACGGCCAGUUCGAUCUCCGCUUCACGCAAGAAGAGCUCGCAGGCCUGACAACGCCGCUGACUGUCAAGUGGAACAGCGACUCGACUGUACUGGCAGUGUCAUUUCCUGACAAGGUACAGCUUUGGACGAUGAGCAACUAUCACUACUACCUGAAGCAGGAGCUUGUCUUUCCCGAGACAGCAACGCGGACAGCUUUGUGCACAUGGCAUGCUGAGCGGCCACUUGCUGUUGCAAUCUCAACUCCGGGGGCCCUGCAGAUCGCAGAGUUUCUCGCUGCUACUGCGGCUGGUGCAGUUGCCCCACCAAAUGACUACGGGCUGGUUGCGUCCAUUGAUGGCUUAUCAUUGAAGCUCACACCGCUGAGAGUAGCCAACGUGCCACCACCCAUGGCCUUUUGCACGGUGUCUCUGGAACAUAAGCCUACGGACGUCGCACUUUCAAAAUCUGGCACACGCCUUGCAGUACUCUCGAACGGCCACUUGGCCGUGUACGCGCUCGACGUGACGAAGCGGCCCGUAACGAGACCCUCGCUACUGUGGCAAAGCGAUGCUCUUGAGGGGCAAUCCGCACGCCACGUCACCUUUAUCAACGACGAGCAGCUGUAUGUGUUGACAGAUAGCUGGCUUGAAGACGAGAGCUCUUUGUGGAGAAGUGAGGGAGAGUUUCUUCUUCCUCAAGGGCCUGUGGUUGAGUCUGAGAGCGUAUCAUCGCUCACGAGUGGAGUCGACUACCAGAAUAUCUACCUGCAGUUCCAGAACGGCGCAGUACAUCAGAUUGAUACGAAUGAGUCGGCUUCGGAUCUACCCCCGCAAACUACAUUGGUGCAGAAGUUUCCUGCCUUUGCGCCGGAUUACAAGGUUAUCAGCAUCGAUGGACAGGACAUUGCAUUUGCUUUGACCAAAAGUGGAGUGCUGUUCGCUAACGACCGCGUUCUUGUCCGCAACUGCACAUCGUUUGUGGUAACACCCGCUCAUCUCAUCUUCACAACUACACAGCAUCUUCUCAAAUUCGUUCACUUGACGAGUAUAGAUGAACUCGAGGUUCCUGGAGAUGAGCCACAGACAGAUGAGCGGUGCCGAAGUAUCGAACGGGGCGCGAAGCUGAUCACUGUCAUGCCUACAACGUAUUCGGUAGUUCUGCAGAUGCCGCGAGGCAACCUCGAGACCAUUUACCCCCGUGCACUCGUGCUUGCUGCUAUCCGACGCAACAUUGAAGCAGAUCAGUACAGCGAUGCGUUCUUUGCAUGCCGCAGCCAGCGCGUAGACAUGAACAUCCUGCACGACCACGACUCGGAGCGUUUCAUGAAGAGCGUUGAGCUUAUUGUCAACCAGGUCAAAAAAGUCGAGCACAUCGAUCUCCUCCUAUCCCAGCUACGCAACGAGGACGUUUCCGAGACUAUGUAUCGGGAAACACUCAAAACAAAGGACCUCGUGAACAAGCCGAAGCUUUCGCAAGACCAGAUCGCGAACAAGGUCAACCGCAUAUCGGAUGCCUUUCUGGCUGUGCUGGAGCAGCCACAGUACAAGGACGAGCACCUCCAGAACAUCAUCACAUCUCACGUGUCCAAAGUGCCACCUGCCCUGGAGGCUGGUUUGGAGAUGAUUGGGCGACUGCAAUCGUCCCAGGACCCGCUCACAGACAAAGCUGCGGAGCACAUCUGCUUCUUGGCAGAUGUCAACCAGCUCUACGACACUGCGCUGGGACUGUAUAAUUUGGAUCUUGCUCUUCUGAUCGCUCAACAGUCGCAGAAAGAUCCCCGCGAGUAUCUCCCACAUCUGCAGUCACUUCAAGAUCUUCCUGAUAUCCGACGGAGAUUCCAGAUCGACGACCAGCUCAGCCGUCACGUGAAGGCACUCACACACCUCAAAGAGCUGCAGGUAUUCGAUGAAGCACAGGACUACAUCCAGCAGCACGCUCUGUACACAGAGGCCCUGGACAUGUACCAGUACGACGCUGCCCACCUGAAGAAGAUCAUGCGCCUCUACGCCUCCUACCUCAGCACCACAAACAAGCACAAAGAAGCCGCCCUCGCGUACGAAUACCUCUCGGACCACGCCUCCGCCUGGCCCAGCUACCGCGCCGCCAACCUCUGGCGCGAAGCCCUCACCUCCGCAACCCUCGCCGGCGUCUCAGACGGAGAACUCACCUCCCUCGCGACCUCGCUCGCCGAAGGCCUCACAGAAUCCAAGGACUACCACUCCGCCGCUCUCAUAACCCUAGAAUACCUCUCCGACCUCCCCUCCGCCACAAAGCUCCUCUGCCGCGGCCACCACUUCGCCGAAGCCACGCGCCUCGCAAUCCUGCACCGCACCCCCGCCCUCCUCGAAUCCGCCAUCGACCCCGCCCUCAUCGAGCGCUCCGCCGACACCACCGAGUUCCUCGCAGACAUGCGCUCACAGCUACUCGCCCAGGUACCGCGGCUCCUCGAGCUGCGCGCCAAGAAAGCCCUCGACCCCGCCGCCUUCUUCGACGACCCCGCCGGCGACGCGAACAUCCCCGACAACAUCUCGCUGGCCCCCACGGACUCGACGGCAGGCCGCACGCUCAUGACGCGGUACACCCAGCAGUCCGGCACCGUGGCGUCGAAUGCCACGCGCAAGACGAGCAAGAACAAGAGGCGCGAGGAGCGCAAGCGCGCGCGCGGGAAGAAGGGGACUGUGUACGAGGAGGAGUACCUCGCGAACUCGAUCGAGCGGCUUAUCGCGAGGCUCAACGGUAUGCAAGGCGAGAUCGGGAGGUUGGUUGACGGGCUGGUGCGCCGUGGGAUGCGGGAGCGCGCGAAGGCGGUGCAGGCCGCGUGGGCGGAGGUCGUGGACGGGUGUGGCAAGGCGGUGGGGGAUAUGUAUCCCGCCGACGCAACGGCGAAGAAGGACGAGGGCGUGGAAGGGGAGCGUGUGAAUGGCGUGGAUGGGGUGUUUAGACCAACGGGCGCGGAUGCGACAUUGUGGGAGAGUGUGCAGGAGGUGCAGAGGGCGCGGGUUGCGCCUGUGAUUGAGAAGGUGGAGAAGUUGUGUUUGUUGUGAAAAGCGGAUGGUCUGUAGAGACGGGUAUCUGUUGUGAGAAUGGAUGCGCUAGGGACUCACGCUCGCUGUUCUGAUUCUCCUUCUGCCAUACAUCAUAAUAGUGCCGUAUUCGAGUCAGUGAUUCUCGACGCCUGGCACGGGCUUUAGAGCAUUCGCGGAUA